CAGGAAAUGCUUGUAUUCACAGUGCGUGCUUCUUUGACAUUUCUGGACAAUGGAAUUCAGACAAAAGUUGUUUCCUUGUGCAAUAAAACCUCAACUUCACAACACAGAGGUCAGAGAAGGCCGCGACUUCUUAAAUAAAAUGGUGGACCUUUUCUGUGAUCUAGCACGACCUGUAAUUAAUAUCUUACACCUGAACAUGGGAAAUGAACACUCAAUGUAUAUAUAAAAUCAGCAAACCAAAGGAUGGGCGGACUCCACAGUCAUCAUCCAACAAGGCACCAUGUCACUAGAUACCCUCUGGAGCCUUUCUUUGGUGGCCUGCAGUUUGUUCCUCACUGUGCAGGGGGGAUACGAAGGCAGUUCCAAGGGAAGAUAUGAUGACAGACCUAGGGUGGGAUAUGAUGACAGAGUUAGGGUGGGGUAUGAAGGCAGACCCAGGGUCAUGCUGGGGGAGACCCCUCUGGCAGGGAUCAUCCGACCAGUGCCAUUAGGAAGCCUGGUCCCGACCUUUCACUCCCAGUGCUGUCCUUGCACUGCAGUCAACAGGAUCUACCCCGAUAGAUAUCAUGUGAUCAAUGGGAACCAGGCACCCCCACCCCUCAUUGAUCUACCCUCAUUUAAUGCAGGUGCCCCCUUUUUGCUGUCACCUCCUUCAAAACCUGUACCAGUGCCAUCAGAGGUGGAGCCCACUCCUGAAUCAAAUGAAGGACCAAACGGUGGUGGUGAUCGCUGAGUCCCUAUUUAUCAUACAGUAACGACCAC